GAAGCGUUUAUCAAUGGCAGCAAUGUAGCGCAUCGUGAGGGCAACGAAACCCACAGAGAAAAGCUCCUGUCAGUUACUGCGAAGGACACGGCCGACGUUGAUGAUGUGCUGAAAGUGUUGCAUGCCCUGCAAUUCACCUGCCAGAGUCGCCCUCUCGUCGAGACAGAGGAGCUAGGGAAGACAUUUGCCAAGUUCCUGAUAGCCCUAAAGAACUAUACAGUGUUUCAUGCACUUGAAAGGAAGAAACUUUCAGCCAAGCGACUAUUGUGGGUGUGCCGCGUUAUGGAUGCGGAGGAAUCGCUGACAGGAUGAAGGGCAUUGCUUAUACCCUUAUGCUGACCAUGUUUUCACGAAGAGUUUUGCACCUGGAUUGGGGUGCCCAGCAAGGACUUAGUGAGCUGGCAUUCCUGGAACCUAAUGCCAUUGACUGGCAUCUCAUGCAAGAAGAAAAAGAGAAAGCAUACUUACAAGACAAUCACCAUUUUUACAAACUGGAACGAUUUUAACCAAAAGUGGAGGAGAUGAAACUCCUAACAGCUUGCGCAAAUUGCUGGAAGCUACAAAGAAGGAAAGUUUACAAUGGGUUGCUGUGAGUACUAACAUGCUGCCUAGUACUCUUGCAAACGAUUCAAAGACAGUAGCAUACGAAUGGAUCAAGAAUGGCAUGGCCUCUCUAAGUCUCAACAAGUGCUCUGUACAUGACCUAGACAUUGACUUAAUUGGACUGGCUUUCCGAUACCUCUUUAGAUUUUCACGUUAUCUCUUGCAAGAGGUGAGGGCAGCUCGCAGAGUGCUAGGACUUGAACACAUGGGAUAUGUGGGGCUACAUGUGAGGACGGGAUUCAAAGGCUCAGACCAGCAUGAGAAGUACCAUCCCAAGCUGUACACAAAACCCUGGCAAUGGAACGAGUCAAUUUCCUGUGCCUAUCGAUAUGCCGCUCAACAGUUUGGCAAUCAAACUCCCAUCUUUUUAGCCACAGAUUCAAAGCAAGUAAGAGGUAUGGUUGGGCCAGAAUACAGAGGUCGAAUCAGGUGCCUAGACAACCCUGUUCUCCACGUGGACGAACUGAAGAAACUGCAGCACAAGACAAAGGCCCAGCUUAAACAAAGUUUUUUCAGUGUUUGGGUUGAGCUGAUUUUGUUGGCUGAGUCCCACAGUUUUAGUGAGGGGGGAUUCAGGUUAUGCAUCCUUAGCUCAGAGUUUGUGCUUCAUGCCCAAGGAAAGAACAGUCAGUGCAUUAACAUGUACUUCUUCAUAAGAGGAGAAGUGAAAACUGUUUGCUGAGGGGUAACAAGUUCAAUUUUCAUGUAUCAAUGAUGAUACGUUUCAUAAUAUUGAGUGAUGGAAGGAUAACGAUAAAGUGCGUACUCUUGACUGGGAAUUAAUCACUAAUACUACUGUACUUAGUGUAUUAUAAUAGGGAUGGGAAU